AUGACCGUCAACUACUCUCUGGACGCCGCCACUGCCAGUGCCUGGGCAGUACUCGUAGUAAUAUUUCUGUGGAGAGGAAGUUUAUGGAAACUGAUUUGGAGAGAAAUGCUUGGAUGGACAAUUCUAAUGGCUCUGUUGUCUUGCAUUUAUGUUUAUGGAUUGAAGGGCACCGAAUCCGAGCGAUAUUUCCAAGUGUUGUUCAAUUUGACGGAGGGAGUACCAACCGAUGGAACACUGAUGUUUCUAAUGUCUUAUAUGACUCAUAAUAGUUUGACAAGAUGGUCUGAAACAUACAAAUGCUUAGGAUGGCCCGAGAAUGUGGCGCUUCUCUACAAGCAGUAUUUCAAUAAGAAUGCGAUGUCAAAACACGAGGGACGCCUGAUGAAUCAAACUAUGGCUCGUUAUUUGACAGUUUUCUAUAUUUUAUUGUUUCGAGAUGUGUGUUCAGAUGUCAGAGAGAUGUUCCCCGCACUUGACGAUAUGAUUCAUCCGGGCAUUUUGACGGCAGAAGAAGUGAACAUCCUCCAGAGUAGUCGACUCGACAGAGGUUCUCCUCACUAUUGGGUUCCAAUUGAUUGGAUUGUGAACUUGGUGAAAAGAAAAUAUCGAUCACCAUACAUUUAUGACAAAAAUGGGCGAAGACGGAAGAAUCCGAAGGAGAGUAUUAUGAGUGAAGUGGAGUACGCGAAGUUUAUAUGUGAACUCAACAAAUUGCGUGGAAAACUCGGUGACGUUUUAUCCUACGAUUGGGUGCCUCUUCCCAUGGCUCUAUUACAAAGUCUGACGAUAUUUGUGUACAGUACCCUGACAGUCAAUUGCUUUCAAAUGCAGGCAAGAAUUAUCACCAGCGGCAAAUCAGGACUAUGGGAAAUGUUUGUGGAGUGCCUGAGUACACUUCCUUUCAGUAUGCUGCAUUUGUCAUUUCUACGUAUUAGUCAAGUGAUUAUCAACCCGUUUGGAAGAGAUGAUGAUGAUUUUGAGACCCAAUACCUAAUCGACAGACAUAUCAAAGUUCUCAAUGAGAUUUUGGUUCCGGAGGAGUCGAGGAAGCAGAAGUAG